UAGCGACCGCUUGGCCGGUAAUUUUGGCGGCAAGAUAUUCGCACAUCGCAUUUACUAAACAGAACGGAAAAUAAAGCGAGGCAGAAAUAGCGUCUAUUACCACAGUUCCACUUAUUAACUUCGUUUACCUAUCAAAAUGGAAGGCUUCGACGAUGCGGGUGUCUUUUUCUCGGACAAUUUCGGCGGAGAAAACCAGCAGGAUGCGCAAAUUAACUUGCAGGCGGUGAAGAAGAAGUACAAGGAGUUCAUUCGCACUUUCAACGAGGAGAACUUUUUCUACAAAUACCGUGACACCCUGAAGAGGAACUACCUGAAUGGCCGUUACUUUCUGGAGAUUGAGAUGGAGGAUUUGGUGGGCUUCGAUGAGACUCUGGCGGACAAGCUGAACAAGCAGCCGACGGAGCAUUUGGAAAUCUUCGAGGAGGCUGCCCGGGAGGUGGCUGACGAGAUCACAGCUCCCCGGCCGGAGCAUGAGGAGCAGAUGCACGACAUCCAGAUUCUUCUGAGCUCCAAUGCAAAUCCCACCAACAUACGGCAGCUGAAGUCGGACUGUGUAUCCAAGCUGGUUAAGAUUGCCGGAAUCAUUGUCGCAGCCUCGGGAAUCAGUGCCAAGGCCACGCGGAUGUCCAUCCAGUGCUUGUCUUGCAGUACGGUCAUCCCGAAUCUCAAAGUGAAUCCGGGUUUGGAGGGCUACUCCCUACCCAGGAAGUGCAACACGGAGCAGGCGGGCAGACCCAAGUGCCCGCUGGACCCUUUCUUCAUCAUGCCGGACAAGUGCAAGUGCGUCGAUUUCCAGACCCUUAAGUUGCAAGAACUCCCCGACUUUGUGCCGCAGGGUGAGAUUCCCCGCCACUUGCAGCUCUUCUGCGAUCGUUCGCUUUGUGAACGUGUGGUGCCCGGUAAUCGUGUGCUUAUCCAAGGUAUAUACUCAAUUCGGAAGGUGGGUAAACCCUCCCGCCGUGACGGUCGCGAGAAGGCCGUCGUUGGAGUCCGUGCUCCUUACAUGAGGGUAGUGGGCAUCACCGUAGACUCAGAGGGUGCGGGCGCCAUCUCCCGGUACAGCAACAUCACAUCCGAUGAGGAGGAGCACUUCCGGCGAAUGUCCGCCUCUGGAGACAUCUACGAACGUCUCUCACAGUCGCUGGCUCCCAGCAUUUUCGGUUCGCGGGAUAUCAAGAAAGCUAUUACUUGCAUGCUUUUUGGCGGGUCCCGUAAACGUUUACCGGAUGGUCUGUGCCGUCGAGGUGACAUUAACGUCUUAUUGCUGGGCGAUCCUGGUACUGCCAAGUCGCAAUUGUUGAAGUUUGUGGAGAAGGUGGCGCCCAUAGCAGUCUACACUUCGGGCAAAGGCUCCAGUGCGGCUGGUCUCACGGCUUCGGUUAUGAAGGAUCCUCAAACGCGCAACUUUGUCAUGGAGGGUGGAGCCAUGGUGCUGGCCGAUGGUGGCGUGGUUUGUAUUGAUGAGUUCGAUAAAAUGCGAGAGGAUGAUCGUGUGGCCAUUCACGAGGCCAUGGAACAGCAGACAAUAUCCAUUGCCAAGGCCGGCAUCACGACAACCUUGAACUCACGCUGUUCGGUCUUGGCAGCUGCCAACUCCAUUUUCGGUCGAUGGGACGACACCAAGGGCGAGGAGAACAUUGACUUUAUGCCCACAAUUCUGUCCCGUUUCGACAUGAUUUUCAUAGUCAAGGACAUUCACGAUGAGUCGCGUGAUAUUACCCUGGCCAAGCACAUCAUCAAUGUGCAUCUGAGCUCUAACAAGUCGGCGCCUUCAGAGCCGGCCGAGGGUGAGAUAUCGCUGUCAACAUUCAAGAAGUAUAUUCACUAUUGUCGAACUCAUUGCGGUCCGCGCCUGAGUGAAGCUGCCGGCGAGAAGCUAAAGAGCCGCUACGUGCUUAUGCGCAGUGGAGCCGGACAGCAGGAAAAGGCAUCUGACAAGCGACUGAGCAUUCCCAUCACUGUGCGCCAGUUGGAGGCUGUCAUCCGCAUCUCGGAGUCGCUAGCAAAGAUUCGCAUGCAACCGUUCGCCACAGAUGAGCACGUGAACGAAGCACUUCGCCUUUUCCAAGUGUCUACCCUUGAUGCUGCGAUGACUGGCAGCUUGGCCGGCGCAGAAGGAUUCACGACCGAGGAGGACCAGGAAACACUCAACCGCAUCGAAAAGCAAUUGAAGCGUCGCUUUGCAAUUGGAUCUCAAGUCUCGGAGCAGAAUAUUUUACAGGACUUUUUGCGCCAGAAAUACGAAGAACGGACGGUAAUGAAGGUUAUUCACACCAUGAUUCGACGUGGAGAGCUUCAGCACAGGAUGCAACGGAAGAUGCUCUAUCGUAUUUGCUAAAUACUGUUAAUCAAUUCAUUAUUUUUCCAUCGUUAAAUGUAUCAUCAAUCAUUUCGUCACGUUAAUUGUAUUUCCAUUUUUAUUAUUAAGAGAAAACCACAUUCUUUUCUAUUAUAUGAGCCGAAUAAACCAAAUUAAAUCUUUA